CUUAGUAAUCGUACGGAAUAUUACAUAUAUUAUACUUCAAUCUUUGUAAAAAUGAUAAUAAUGAUUUAAAUCAAAGAUGCUGUUGACAAUAUUUAUGUAUCGGUGGUAACGUAAGAAGGAAAUUGUUACUUACAAUAUCAAUUACCUGGAUUAAUAGAUGAAGUGGAUAUAAUAAGAAGAUAUACGAUUUAAAACCAAUGCUGUUAAGUCAUAGGAAUUGAUUUUAAACGUCACAAACAAUGUUACUUUUGUUUCUUAUCCGUUUCAUGUUGUUAACUAUAAACUGCGUGUCUGGCCAACAUAUAUGUGAAGUAGGAUGUAAAUGUAACAUGUAUGGUUUCUGUGCCGCCUGCGAGGAUGGAUAUUAUAUGCAAAACUGGACUUGCAGGAAAUGUUCAGCACAAUGUAAAAGAUGCACAUCAGAUAAUAAUUGUCAUGAAUGUAAUGUCGAUUUUCAUCAAAAUGGUAUCUUGUGCUUGAGUUGUCCCGAAGGGUAUUUUGAAGCCGGUGAUUCCUGUUCACCUUGCCCAAAUAACUGCACUUCUUGCUCUAUAUUUAAUGAAUGCACGAAAUGUAAGCCAGGGUACUUCGGCAUUACUUGUACAGAGAAAUGCUCUCUUGGAUGCGUUGGCAACGUUUGCGGUCAAGACAUGGGUGACUGUACUUGUCAAGGUAACUUUAUAGGAAUAGCAUGUGAUCUAUGUACUCUGGGUAAAUUUGGUCCCAAUUGUACUCGUGACUGCCCUAAACGUUGCACAAUGUGCAAUUCGUCAGAAAAGUGCGGUGUGUGUAUUGCUGGUUAUUACGGAAUGCAAUGUAAUUUAAAUUGCCGAAAUGGGUGUUUGAAUAAACUUUGUUACAAGCAUAAUGGUAAUUGCUUAAAAUGUAAGCCAUAUUUUAAGUUGCCAGACUGUAUAAAAUGUGUGGAUGGCAAAUGGGGAAAGAACUGCAGCAGAGAUUGUCCAGACGGAUGUCUUUCCUGUUUAUCCAGUACAGAGUGCACAAAGUGCCAAAAUGGAUAUCACGGCAAGCAAUGUGAAAUGAAAUGCUCUGAUGGAUGCUUGUUGGAAUCGUGUGAACAAGCAACGGGGAUCUGCUCUCAAAGUUGUAAAGAUAACUUUGCCGGUGAAUAUUGUGAUUUUUGCAAAAAAGAAAUGUACGGACACGAUUGCAGCUUAUCAUGUCCGAAGAAUUGUAAGGAUCACGUAUGUAAUAAAUUGGAUGGAAAAUGUUCGGAAGAGUGCAAUCCUAAGUUUCACGGGACUCAUUGUAAUGGUUCAUGUCCGGCCAACUGCAAAACAUGUAUAUCAGAUACAGAGUGUCAAUCCUGUGAAGACGGACAUUGGGGAGAGCGUUGUCAGACAAAAUGUCCUGAUAGGUGUUUGGAUAGCACAUGUCGGUUGAAUGGAACUUGCAGUGCAUGUAUUGCUGGGUACUUCACAGAUUAUUGUAAUAUACAAUGCCCAAACAACUGCAAAGACUCUUUGUGCAAUAUGGCAGGUUAUUGCAACGAUUGUCAGGCAGGUUAUUUUGGUACUUUUUGUUCUAAAGUUUGCCCUCCGAAUUGUUUAUCAGGUGAGUGCUUGAGGAAUGGAAGCUGUUAUUCCUGUCCAUCUGGGCUUUAUGGGACGGGGUGUGACAGAUCUUGCCGUAAGAACUGUCAGUCUUGUACAGAUUAUAUGUCGUGCAAAUCAUGUUUCAGAGGUUUUUAUGGUCAUUUUUGCCAAGACAAAUGCAGUUACUGUAAAAGAGGAACUGAUUGUAACAUUGGUACUGGUUAUUGUGAAUUUUGUGAAGAUGGAUUUUACGGCAACAAAUGCCUGUCAAAAUGUGACGCAAAAUGUCAAACUUGUAAUAGUUCUAGUGGCCGAAUUAAUGAAUGUUUAACGUGCAAAAUAGGUAGUUACGGACGAAAUGAAAGUAGUGGGUUUUAUCACUGCACUAUACGCUGCUCUAGAAAUUGCAUGAAUACAACAUGUAAUGCUGACUAUGGCACAUGUGAAUACGGCUGCAAACGAGGCUACUGGGGAGGAAAGUGCGAGUUGGAAUGUUCCAAAAAUUGUCUUCACAGCGACUGUCACAGCGAUAAUGGAACUUGUAGGCAAGGGUGCUUAGCUGGUUUUAAUGGAGAUAAAUGCGACUGCCCAGUUAACUGUAUAUGUAAUUUAGAUGGCACUUGUGCCAAGUGUAAGACUGGUUUUGAAAAUUUAGCUAAGAACUGCACAUGUACAUCGGAAGUAUGUAACAAUGUUAAACAAUGUUCAUCAUGCUUUAACUCAACGUAUUACGUACAAAGCAACUUAUGUUGUGAGUGUAAUAGAAAUUGCCGACAAAACGCAUGUUUUUCUGAAUUUCACUGCAGAUAUGGGUGUAAAGCUGGAUUUUACGGAUCCGCGUGUCUUUCUAAAUGCAGUACAAAAGAUAACAUGUGCACUGACUGCAUAACAAACACUGAUGGAGAGUACGGCGGAUGUAUCUCUUGUAUACAGGGCUAUUUUCUUGACUUGCAUUCAAAUUCAGCCAGCAAGCAUUGUACAGAAUGCACAAAGACAUGUACUGAUGGGAAAUGUGAUGUUAGAACAGGUGUUUGCCUUAUUGGAUGUGUAAAUGGUACAUGGGGUGAUCGAUGCGAGAAGCAAUGCUUUGAAACAUGUUCGGUAUGUCAUCGAGGAACUGGAGACUGUAUGAAAUGUGUAAAUAACUCAUUGUUAGGACCACUUUGUGACCAAGAAUGUAAUAAUAGAUGUGUAGAUCAGGUUUGUGAUUUUGCGACGGGAAAAUGUAGCGUAGGAUGCGUGGUUGGCUUCUACGGAGAAGAUUGCAGUUAUUCAUGCAGCGAUAAUUGUCGCAACAGAACAUGCGAUAGAGAGACAGGAUCCUGUUAUCAUGGAUGUCUAGGAGAUUUUGAAGGGGCCGUGUGUUCAACGGAGAGGAAAUAUAAAAGAAACUCUUGCUCCACCAGAUCUGACGGUACCGUGAUUCUGUCGCUUUGUAUAGCUGUGCUGGUCAUCUAUGCAGUUGUUACAACUAUUCUACUUGUCAGGAAACGACAAAAUGGAAAACAGCGACAGGAUGUUACUUUGCGUUUAAGGGAUGCAGUUCAAUAUAACCAUGAAACAGCAGCUUGUAGAAUUAUGGAAGACUCAGGUCAUGUGUAUGCAGAGCCAAAUGAAGACCAGGAUGACGAAGGACCACCAACGAACAGAGAACAUGGUGCAGUCAGCCGAGAAGGCGUCAGAACAAACAGUUACAUGUAUAUUCAUCCGAUAUAUUCUGUUUCACAAAACACAAAUGAAUACGAAGAGAUUGAUACCUUAACGUUGCAGUCCGGAUCAAGUUCUCGAAAAUGAAGGAAAUAUUUCAUGAAAAUAUUCCUGAAAAAUUGUAUGUUAUUCAAAUGAUCGACGUAACAACUGUUUUACUUUCAAGUUAGAAAAUCGUUAAACUUUAUUGUCCCUGCUCUUAAUAUAGAUAUGUUAGUAUAAAUGGGUUCUCUAAACACUGGCUAAAGGGUAUUACCAUAUUUGUUAAAAGGCAUCACAAUAUGAAAUAUUGCUUUCGAUGUAAUUACAUCAGAGUAAGUAAAGGUUGUGUUGUCGCAUUAUCUAAAUAAAAAGUUGUUUCCUACACGUUCCGAGUAUUUACGGGAUCAUUCCUGGAUUAUCCUACCAAGAUAAUCGUAAAAUGAAACGGGAAAGGACGUCUGCUCACACAACCAGUCGCGGUCAUCUUUAUUUGUUGAACAUACUGAAAGUAAAAAGCGCCGCUUUUGAGUGAACAGCUAUAAAAAUACAAAAUUAAUGAUGGUCUUAAACAGAUUUUAUAGCUGAUUGACCUUAAAAUUACUUACAGACAAAAUAACUAAAGUGUAUCCAAUCUAAGCAAUUAUUCUUAUUUGAUUCUGUCGUUUUCUUCAUUAUCAUAUGUACAGUAUUCCCAAUCUUUACAGAGUACAAAUUUCGAUCCUUUUUAUGUAAAAGUAUAAAAGAGAAAAACAAUAAAGAUGAUA